AUGGGACCUCAUCAUCUGAGACCUAUGCAGCUGCUCUGCCUCCUAGGGGCCAUCUCCACUCUGCCUUGGGCUGGGACUCUGUUGUGCUAUGAAGCAACAUCCUCACUCUUCAGAGCUGUUACUUUCCGCAACUGGAAAUGGCUUCUGAUGAGGAGCAUGGUAUGUAAGCUGAAUGAGGGCUGUGAGGAGACGUUGGUGCUCAUCGAGACAAGGACCAGAAGGGGAGUUGUGGGUUUUAAAGGCUGCAGCCCAGCCCCAUCGUACCCCCAGCGUGUCUCCUACCUUGUUUCACCGCCUGGAUUGUCCAUUGCCUCCUAUAGCCAUGUCUGCCGGAAAUAUCUCUGCAAUAAUCUCACCAACUUGGAUCCUUUUAUGAGACUCAGGAAGACCCCUAAACCUACAGCAUUUUCAUCCCUUAGUUGCCCAACCUGUGUGGGCGAGCACUCUAAGGACUGCCUCCCAAAUUUUGUCACCACUGAUUCUUGCCCCCAAAAUGCCCCGAAGUGUUACAGUUCCACUCUAAAAUUUCAGGCAGGGUUUCUCAAUACCACCUUCCUUCUCAUGGGCUGUGCUCGUGAACAACAUAAGAUUUUAGCAGAUUUCCACCGUAUCGGGACCAUCAGAGUGACUGAGAUUCUCAACGUCUUAGAGAAGGCCCAGAUUGCUGGUGCAGAGCCCUCCAGUCGGGGUCCUACUUGGGGCAUCCUCGCAGGUCUCCUGCUUGCCCUUAGGGGCUGA